AUGAAGACCGCGGCCCACCAGGUUCUAGAUGAAGUUCCCUUUACUAAGGCUGAAGAGUUUCAAGGCCCCCUUUUCCGCAGGCUGGGCAUCGGCAUCAUAAUUAAUUCCCACCCCCGCAUCAAAGGGGAACAAAUUUUCUAUCUUCGUCAUAACCACUGGAGCUGCAUGAUUCGGGAUCGCUCAAGCACAGUCAAUACGAAACUGCAAGAAAACAGCAGAGAUUAUCUUCUGAAAAGUGAACUCCUGGCAGUCACUUCGAUCUUUUACCGUCAGAUGAAUGAGAUGGUGUGGCUUCCUGAGGAGAACCGGUACAUGGCCAAGCCCAUAUACAAGGAAGGUUUCUUGGCGGUAUGUUCACGCUCUCUCUUCUUGCUUCUCUCUUUGCACCUUCUUCCCAUUAUUCGUAUUCAUAGGAUUGUGCGAAUGCUGAGAGUACCCGCCAAGGCCACGCUCGUCACAUUCGUUUACGGGAAAGUACGCAUAGUCCAAGCGACCUGCGACCCAUCGGAAACGAACCCAAUGCUCACCUUGACGCUGAGGGCUGUAUACGACCUCGGCAAAGACAACUACGACAGAAAGGUAGCCUUUGAUAUUUUGAAAUGGAUUUUCUGUCCUCCUGAGCCCGCCAUGGAGCUUGCUGGAAUUUGCAAGAAUGCCGAUGAAGGCGAACCCUCAGGGAGUGUCACAAUCUUGCAUGAAAAGGCAGUAAUGAUGGAACCCCAUAUGGUGUCGGCAUCCCUGGUGAAAAUCCCAUGUGGUGUCAACAUCCUUAGGGAAUGCCACGGUUUUGAACUAUUUGCCACCAUAGUAAAAUCCCUUGAGGAGGGCCAUAAUCUCAGUGGAAAAGGCCACAAAAUUAAAAGUCCAUAG